ACCUAGUGACUUAGCCUGGCCGUUUUCCUGUCUUCGAGAAAUUCGGGUCUCGAAUCCGACGGCGACGAACCCGUCCUGUCUCAUCGUUCAGGUUGACCGGUUUCGCCGGCUUUCCCAUCUACUUGUCUGCUUAGUAGUCUGGAAGGUGGUCUGUCAACUACAGAGACGUUUGGCUUAGCAGGAUUGUGAUCUGUGCCUGUAGGCCGGCAUGGUUUCCGUUAAGAUCGAGUAUGCGAUUAGAUUAAUUCUUCAUAGGCGUGACUCUUAGUCGCAAUCCUUAAAAUUGUAGGGAUAAUCUAGCUCGCCAGUUUCCUUCGUGCUUGAGAUUUCGGGAGGAUUUUGUACGCUUCCGACUCCAAACGGUCUUGAGACAGAACUAUGGCGUUGCAACCUUUUUUAAGGAUUUAUCGCGUGACGUUUUCGGAUUCUUAGCAGGCGGUGCUUUCAUGGUUCCAGAUUCACCUCCUAGUAACCCAUUUGCCGCGUCCGAUAAGUACUUUGCGAUCGAUCUUCCGUCCAGGAGCUGACAAUACAGUGUUUACCUCCGAUUUCCGUCAAGGAUCAGACUAGAUAGUGUUUACCGUUGCUCUUCCCUCAAGAAUCAGACAGUCAGACCAGCUAAGGUCUUGCUACUUCGCAUACUUCAAGAAGCCCGUUCGAGUUCGUCCUGCUCGCAGUGGUUUCCAGAAUGGUCGGAUCGACGUAUUCGUCCGAGUCAGGGACCAGACCCGCCAGCCCCCUCAACUUACGGUCUCAGCUGGAUGCCGCCUACCAUGGGGGAGGAAUGACCAUCGUAGAGAAGCAUGUGAUGCGGGAGCUUCCGAACGCGCAGAACAGCCAGCUGGAGGCUGCUUCGAGCCAGCUUGACUCUCCCGAGUGCUCCUCCAUUUCAGCUCAAGCGCUCACCAGGCCGCCCGCCGGCAGCAGUCUGACGAGCUUCCCCAUCGCCGACUUAUACCACGUGGAGCACUAUCUCAAGGCCGUGCAGCGGCAGUCCGUCGCAGCCCGUCGCAGCCUGCUGGGUCGGCGACAGCAUGCGACUCCUGGCGCGCACGACGGCUCCGACCGCGCGAUUUUCGAAGACAUGCUGAGCUUCCAGAAGGACCCCAUCCCGACCUCGCUCACGCGCCUCACGACUGACCUGCAGACCAAAGCAGUGCGCAUGUUCCAAGACAUACUCCAUUACAUGGGGCUCAACGGCGCGCCGAUCACCGACGAGCGCGAGCUGGCGCAGACGCUGGUUCGAAUCCUCAAGAUGGUGCUUCGGAAGCCGGAGAUGCGGGAGGAGCUGUACGCGCAGCUGCACAAGCAGACAAGGAAUAAUCAUGACAGGGAGGCGUGUCUUAGAGCGUGGGAGGUUAUGCACAUUUGCGCGUCGGUCGCGCCGCCGGGGUCGUAUCUCGGGACGCCUAUUACCGAGUACGUGCACGAGAUCGCGAACGACGCGGGGGUGGACGAGGAGGUGAAGUCGCAGGCGCUUGCCACGUGGCACGCGCUGAAGAAGGCGAUGAAGAUCGGCGCGCGGAAGACGGUUCCGACCGUCGAUGAGCUGCUGGCGCUGAUGACGGGCAGAGCGCUCAAGACGAUGGUGUUCUUCCUGGACGACACGUUCGAGGAGGUCGGGUACGACGCGUCCACGACAGCAGCGGAGAUUUUAGAGAGCGUGGCGAGCAGCAUUCGUCUGGAGGAGUUUCAGACGUUUGGGCUGUACGAGCACCGCAAGUACAUCACACAGGCCAACAGCAACACGGAGAACAUCUCGAACGACUACAUGGGCAUUGACGAGAAGGCUUAUAUGGGGGACGUGAUGGCCGAGCUGAUGAGUUUCAGGGAGAAGAGCGAGCGGCAGGUGCAGCUGCGCCUGCUCUUCCGCAAGAAGUUUUUCCGGGAGAACGAGGAGGCGAUCACGGACCCAGUGUUCAUCCAGCUGUCGUACCUGCAAGCGAAGCAGGACUACGAGGAGGGCAACUACCCCGUGCCCAGGGAUGACGUGGCGCAGCUGGCGGCGCUUCAGCUGAUCGUUGACUUUGGCUUGCUGCCCGAGCCUGAAGUGGCGCUGGACUGGCAAGCGCAGGUGGAGCGAACGAUUCCCGCACAGUUCCAGCCAAUGCGGCAGAAGCGCGAGUGGGACAUGGACGUGCUCACGCGCUACAAGGCGCUGUCGCACUUGACGCCAGAGGAUGCGAGGCAGCAGACGCUGAGGAUAAUCCGAGCUCUCCCCUAUGGCGGGUCCGCCUUCUACCACGUGAGGCGCAUCGAGGACCCCAUAGGGCUGCUGCCGGGACGAGUGCUUAUCGGCAUCAACAAGCGCGGGGUGCAUUUCUUCAGGCCAGUCCCCAAGGAGUACCUGCACUCAGCGGAGCUCCGAGACAUCAUGCAGUUUGGCAGCAGCCCCGCGGCGGUGUUCUUCAAGAUGCGCGUGGUGGGCUCGCUGCACGUGUUCCAGUUCGAGACGACGCAGGGCGAGGAGAUUUGCCUCGCCAUCCAGACGCACAUCAACGACGCCCUCACGCGCCGCUUCGCCCGCCAGAGAGCGCGCCACCACAACUCGCCACUGCUCGGCCUGCCUCCUGGUGCUAGCGGUGCUGCCGCUGGUGCUGCUGGUGGGAGUGGUGGGGGAGGAGGGGAUGGGGUUUUGAUGGCUGGUGGAGGCGGGUUGGGGGAGGGUCAGGGGCCGCACCCAAUAACGGAGUAUGAGCACCGGACCAAGGAGCUGUCGGAGAACUUGACAAGGGCGUUCAUGCAUAUCGAGCAGUUGAACCAAGAAGUGGCAGCGAGGGCAGCAGCAGAGGCGAAGCUGCAGGGCGAGCUGCAGGCGGUGAAGGCGGCGCUGAGGCAGGGGGAGGUGGCGAACGAGGAGGUGGUCGAGGAGAGGGAUCGUCUGGCUGAGCUUCUAGAGAUGGCGAAUCAGCCAGGCAGGGAAGCGGCGCUGUCGUCCGGGUCGUUCACUCCUGGAGGCGUGAGGAGGAGGGACGGGCUUGGCAGCACGGGGAGCAACAUGAGCCUGCUGAACGACGCCAGGACACGGGCCCUGGAGUCUCAGCUGAAGGAGGUGCAGGAAGAGCUCAAGGCGGUGGGCAGGCGAGCGGAGGAGCAGGCACAGGCAGCUGCAAGGGAGAGGCAGGCAGUGGAGCAGCAGCUUUCCAACCUGGAGCUCACAAAGGACAACGAGAUCAAGACGUUGGAGCUGCGCUCGUCAGCAGAGAGGGAUGAGCUGGCGGCCAGGCUGGCAAUUGCGGAGCAGCGAUUGGAGGAGAGCCGGGCGGCGGAGGUGCAGCUUAGAGAGGAGCUGAAGGAGAAGGAGGCGCAGUCGGAGCACCUGGAGGAGUUCUUUAAAGAGCUGGACGAGCUCAGGGAGAUGAAGGAGGAGAUGGAGCGGAACCGGGUGGAACACCUGGAGGUGAUCCAGCGGCAGGGCAAGCAGAUAGCGGAGCUGGAGAAGGCGUACAAGGAGGAGAUCGUGCUGCGCAAGCGAUACUACAACAUGAUGGAGGACAUGAAGGGCAAGAUCCGGGUGUAUGCGCGGUGGAGACCGCUGAAUUCCAGGGAGCGGGGCGAGGGGCAGCGGAUGGUGGUGGAGAUGCCAGACGAGUUCACGGUGCAGCACCCCUGGAGGGACGCCGACCAUCCCAAGGCGCACCAGUUCGACCGCGUGUUCGACCACUCGGCCAGUCAAGAGGCUGUGUUUGAAGACACACGGUACCUGAUCCAGUCGGCCAUCGACGGCUACAACGUGUGCAUCUUUGCCUACGGGCAGACGGGCAGCGGCAAGACCUUCACCAUCUACGGUGGCGACAAGAACCCCGGGCUCACACCGCGCGCCAUGCAGGAGCUCUUCAACGGGCUCAGGAAGGAAGCCGGGAGGAUGAGCUACAAGCUGCAGGUGUACAUGCUGGAGCUGUACCAGGACACGCUCCAGGACCUGCUGCUGCCGAAGACUGCAGCCAAGCGGAAGCUCGAGAUCAAGAAGGACGCCAAGGGCAUGGUGGUGGUUGAGAACGCCACCCUGAUCGAGGUGCAGUACCUGUCGCAGCUGGAGGCUGUGGUGGCGGGCGGCAUGGAGCGGCGGGCGGUGGCGGGGACCCAGAUGAACGCGGAGAGCUCGAGGUCCCACCUGGUGCUGUCGAUCGUCAUCGAGACAACCGACCUGCAGACCCAGAACGUGUGCCGGGGAAAGCUGAGCUUCGUUGACCUGGCCGGCUCUGAGCGUGUGAAGAAGUCGCGGUCGGAGGGGGAGCAGCUGAAGGAGGCCCAGUCGAUCAACAAGUCCCUCUCGGCUCUCGGGGAUGUGAUCAGCGCACUGGCGCAGGGCGGCGGGCACAUCCCCUACCGCAACCACAAGCUCACGCUGCUCAUGAGCGACUCGCUGGGCGGCAACGCCAAGACGCUCAUGUUCGUCAACAUCUCGCCAGCGGACGGCAGCCUGGACGAGACGCACAACUCCCUCACGUACGCCACGCGCGUGCGCUCCAUCGUCAACGAAGCGUCCAAGAACGUGUCGAACAAGGAGGUGCAGUGGCUCAAGGGCAGGAUCGCCUAUUGGAAGCAGCUCGCGGGGGAGAGGGCGGAGGAGGAGGAGCUGGACGAGGUCAGCGAGCUACGGACGCCUGUCAGGCGGGCGCUGGAGCCAGGAAGCUCAGGGUCUCAGUAAGAAAAGGGGGUGUGGGUGGGGAGGGGAGAGGCGGGCGGAGGAGGAGGAGGAGUUGGAUGGGUGAGCAAGCUGAGGACGCCGGGCAGGAGGGUGCUGUGGCAAGGAGGGGGGUGUGAAGGGCACUGGAGUAAGAAGGGGGUGAGGAUGGGGGGGGUAGAAGAAGGGCGGAGGAGGAGGAGUUGGACGAGGUGAGCGAGCUGAGGACGCCGGUCAGGAGGACGGUGGAGCAAGAAGGGGGGUGUGGUGAGGGUGGGGCGUGAAGCAAGGAGGGGGGGAGGGGGGGGUAACAAUGGAGGAGUGAGAUCGCCUGCCAGGAGGGCACUGGAGUAAGAAGCGGGUGAGGGUGGGGGUGUGGAGCGAGCAAGGGAGGAGUUGAGAUCCCCUCAGGAGGGCAUUGGAGGAAGGAGGGGUUGUGAAUAGCGCUGGGGUCGUGUAAAGCCUUGGAGUGGCAUAGAGGUGAGGAGCAGCGAAGCGCAGUGGUUUUCUUUGGAAGCAGAUGGCAGAGCAGGGGGAGUUGGACGAGGUCUUGAUUGUUUCUAGUCAAGGAAGAAGUGCGGGGGGGGGUCGGGGUGUGGAGCAAGGAAGUGUGUGAUAGCUGAAGGAAGCCACCUAGGAGCUGAACGGAGAUUGGUUACUAGGAGGAGGGCUCUCAAGUACGGUAGGGCAGACCGGGGGAGGAGCCAAGAGUGGGCUGUGUGUUCUCGAGGAGCAGCGGAGUCAAUUCCCGAUCGAUGCCGGAACAUUCUCGCAUGAGUUGCUCGAGACGUGUGGGGGGGUGAAGAGAUAGUUACUUACAACCUUUGACCACAAGCCAGAGGGUUGCUUGCUUCACAUGCUACUGCAUGAGAGCAUGGUGCCCCCAAUGUGAUGCUUUUCCUUCAUGGUCAACGUGGGCAAACCUUGUGCGCAUCAACAACAGGUGUAGAUACGUAGAGUAGGUACUUGUGUUUUCUUCUCUGCCAUCAGUGUUCACUGCCAUCCCAUCCUAAGGCCAUACAGCGAGGGCACUGCUGGUACAUGAUGAGUUUUGUAUCUGAGCCAUUGUUUGGAAGCUAAGGGGUAAAAGACUCACGUGGAUUGGAGAGAACUGUGCUCUAGAAGUGUUGUGUCUAUGGAGUCGAGAGAUGGUUGAUGGGAAGCAGCUGAUCGACCAUGAGAUUCCAGAAUCAAUCACCGCUCAUUAC